AUGUCGGCGCCGUAUAGACAUCCUCAUUACGGCGGUGCCGGUUCGAGUACAAAUCGUCAGUGGGUCAGGGAUCAACCACAAGGUCCUGCCGCGGGGUACGCCUACGGCUACGAUGCAUAUGAUGGCGCGCAACGAGAGCACGAUGCGUAUGCGAGACAGUAUCACGAUGCGUACCAGCGCGACUACUACGCACGCUAUCCGUCGGCGUACGGCGAUUACCGGCGAGAUGCAUACGCGGAUGCGCACGCCUAUCCGUGGCAGGAUGCACAUGGCUACAGCCAAGCUCAAGCGUACGGCGAUGCUGCAGCUGCGUGGAGAGGCGACGGAUAUGAAGCGUACGCCCACCCGCAGGAUGCGCACUAUGGGGCUUACCAGCAGCAGCACGCGUACGGACCUCCUCCCGCUGCGAGGUACGCGUACGAAGCGCACGCGAUGCCGCCUCACCCACCACCGACGACGAAUCGAGCGUGGAAUGGCGUAGAAGCUGCUCCGAAGGGUGUGGACGGUGCGCCGGCUGCUCCGAAGGCAAUGCGCGAUGCUGCUGCCGCAACAACAGCUGGCGAUGCACCCUCCUCACAUAGUCCAGCUGGGGUAUACAACGCUGCCUAUCAUGCACCGUACCAAUACAACGGAUUCCCGCAUCAACAGCAACGAGAAUACCACGGCUCCGCCUCUUCCUCUCCCGGCCCUCACUAUUCUCGAUUCCAACCGUACCAUCGAGCCUCUCCCUCUGCAAUGUCAGCACCGAUGACUCGUCAACCCCCCGCCAUCCGCGCCGCUCCCCGACAGAGCUACCUCGAACAGGCAAAACAACCAUCCCGGCUGCUGAGCGAGGAGGAAGCUGCCGAUCGCAAGCUGCUCGUCAUCCUCGAUCUCAACGGAACACUCGUGUUCCGGGCAAAGAGUGGGAAUGGUAGAGCUAAGGAUUCCAUCCGUGCUGUACCCAGACCGUUCCUGCUGUGCUUCCUAAGGUACUGUCUCGGCACCGCUUCGGCGAAGGGGAAAGAGCUGGAUCCGACGCUCAGUCGUCCUCACGGCUCGCACUUCUGGCAAGCCGAGAGCGAGCCCCGUUCGGCGGGGAAAGCAGAGGUGGUGGUGUGGUCGUCCGCUCAGCCCGUGAACGUGGACAGCAUGCUCACCGCUUCCUUCGAUGCGACGGUGCGCGGUCAGAUCUUGAGGGUGUGGGCGAGGGAUACGUUGGUCCCUGCGCGGUUCUACCAGAGCAAAGCGGAAAGCAUCAAGGAUCUGGAGAUCGUCUGGGCCGAAUUGAACGCGUUUACGAACGACAGGCCUUCUCCGGGCAGGUUGAUGGCUCAAUCGAGGGAUCAGAUGGAUCAGGCUAGACCAGAUGACGUCCCGCCACCGGCACCGCAGCCUGGUGCGCCGCAGAAGGAGAAAAAGUACAAGGGCAAACGACACAAGGAGAAGAUGAAGGCUCAGAAGCAGCAGCAGCAACAGCAGGCGCAGGAGAACGUAAGCGCGAGUUUGGAGGCGGCGAGGCAGGCGGAGGAGCUGGGUCCGUGGGGUGCGGAGAACACGGUGCUGGUAGAUGACAGUCCGGCGAAGGCGAGAUUGCAACCGUACAACCAGCUGGUGGUGAGCGAGUUCGGCAAGGAGGAUGCGGGGAGGAUGAAAAAGUUCAUCCGUCAAGUGAUGGCUGAAUCGGAGGGGAAUGCGGCUGCUGAGGAGGAGGACGAGGAGGAGCUGGAGUACGAUUCGGAUCUAUCCGUCGCAAAGGACGACACGACAGCGCCCCGUCAAGAGGUCGCGGAGGAAGAGGAAAAGGUGUCCAAGAAGAAACCCAUCCCCGAAAGCCGGCUGGACGACACGCUGCUGCAGACGAUCGGAGUGCUUGAAACGCUCAGCAUCAGCUUCAACACCGUCAUCAUGGAGGCAAUGUCCGUCGACGCUGCACCCAGCACCACCACCACGACGACCGGUGACACCGUACCCUCCACCUCCUCUUCCUCCACUGCACCCAACCUCGACGGCAUCCUCCUCCUCGAAGCGCCCUUCGCCAAACUCCCCUUCGACGAACUACGUCGGCAGCAGAAAACCCAACAACGCCUCAUCGAACGCGAACUCCUUUUCGCCAGCACUACCUUCACUGAUUCACCUCCUGCUGCUUCCAAUGCAGAUCUCGAACGGUCCCUUGACACGGUGCUCGGGCGACUCAAGGGGCUCAAACGCAAGCUCGCACCGCUCGCGGAUUCCGCCAAGACGUCGCUGCGCAUGGCGCAGUCGAGAACGGACCAUCUAAAUGCGCUCCACAAGAUGACGGAUUCGGACUCGGCAGAGUUUCAGGAGUGGUCGAGGACGAGGCUGGAUCGUAUGAUCGUGGACUACAUGUUGAGGAGGGGGUAUAGGGGGGCAGCGGAGGAGUUGGUGGUGGAGAGGGGGUUGGAGGAUCUGGUGGAUAGAGGGUUGUUUGAGGAUGUGGCGAGGGUCGAGGAUAGUCUGUGUCCUCCGGGGUGGCGUGAUAGCGAGGAUGUGAAGCCGAGCUGUGCAUUGGCGCUUGUCUGGUGUUCCGAGAACAAGGCUACACUCAGAAAGAUCCGUACACCGCUGGAGUUCAACCUCCGGCUCCAGGAGUUCAUCGAACUCACACGCACGCGGACACCGGAAUCCAUGAAGGAAGCCAUCUCGUACGCGCGUCGCCACCUGCUACCGCUCAUCACCGCUCCGCUGGUCAAACCUUCCAGCUCGGACAGCAAGGAUGCCGAGUACGAGCGGCUAGCGGCGCUCGCCAUGCGGCGCGAAGUGUCGCGCGCCAUGGGACUGCUCGCGUGCGGACCGUCGUCGUGGGCGUACAGCGAUCUGUACGAUCUCUCGCGCUGGUCCAUGCUGCGCGAUUCGUUCCGCUCGUGCGCCCUCCAGAUCCACAGCCUCCCCGCACAGCCCAUGCUGCACAUCGCCCUCUCCGCAGGCCUCUCCAGCCUCAAACUCCCCCAAUGCUACGAUACCAAGGAAGAAAAGAGCACGGAUUGUCCGAUCUGCGAUGCAGAUGGGCUGGGCAAGUUGGCGGCAGAGGUACCGUGGAGUCACCACCAGAACUCGACGUUGGUCUGCAGCUGGUCAGGCAGAGUCAUGGACGGCGACGAUCCGCCCUUGGUAUUGGGUAACGGCAGGGUGUACGCCCAGAGCAGUGUGGUCGAGUUGCUGAAUAGAGAGCAAGAGGGAGCCAAGUUGAUCAGGUGUCCCAGGACGGGCGAGAGGUGUAGCGUGGACGAGGUCAGGAAGGUCUUCAUUUCGUAG